GUUAUCAUCGAGGGUUUCAAGAGCUACAGGGAGCAGGUCGCCACGGAGGAGUUUUCACCCAAGAUCAACUGCGUUGUUGGUGCUAAUGGAUCGGGCAAGACAAAUUUCUUUCAUGCCAUUCGCUUUGUGCUGAGCGACCUGUUCCAGUCUCUGCGGGGUGAAGACCGUCAGGCUUUGCUGCAUGAGGGUGCGGGGCAGCAGGUGCUGUCAGCGUUUGUGGAGAUUGUGUUUGACAACUCGGACAACCGUCUACCGGUGGACAGGGACGAGGUUCGGCUGCGGCGAGCCAUCAGCGGUCGCAAGGAUGAAUACUGGCUCGAUCGCAAGCACAUCACGAAGCAAGAGGUUCUCAACCUUCUGGAGAGCGCUGGCUUUUCACGCUCCAACCCAUACUAUGUGGUGCAACAGGGAAAGAUCGCGUCGCUGUCACUGAUGAAGGAUGCAGAGCGGCUGAACCUGCUCAAGGAGAUUGGAGGCGCGCGCGUGUACGAGGAGCGGCGCAAGGAGAGCCUCAAGAUCAUGCAGGAAGCAGAGGUGCGUCGGCAGCAGAUUGCCGACUUCCUUGCGCACAUCGAAGCCCGUCUCAAGGAGCUGGACGAAGAAAAAGAAGAGCUCAAACGCUUCCAGCUACUGGACAAGCAACGCCGCUCGCUCGAAUACGCCAUCUUCGAAAAAGAGCUCGCAGAGGCUCGCGACCAGCUGGAAAACGUGGAGUCGCGGCGGCAGCAGGUGCAGGAGCGCACGAGCGGGACCCACCAGAAGGCGCGGGAGCGGCAGGAGGAGGUGAAAGAGGUGGAGCGGCAGCUGAAGGCGAAGAAUAGGGAGCUGCAGGGUCUGGUGCAGGAGCAGGAGCGCGUGGAGGAGCAGAGGAACGAGGGAAUGCGCGCGUGCACGAGACUGAGGCUCGAUGUGAAGGAGCUGGAGCAGGCGCUAGAGGCGGACCAAGGGCGCAAGCAAGAGCUGGAGGCGGAGCUACAGCAGCUGCAGAGGGACAUCGCCAAGUCAAACGCUGACUUGGAGGCGAUUCAUCCGCAGCACCAGCAGCACGUGGCAGAGGAGAAUGCGCUGAACAAGAGGCUGGCAGAGUGUUCACGCCGACUGGACGCACUGUAUGAAAGGAAGGGGCAGAAGGCGCAGUUCAAGAGCAAGGACGAGCGCGACCGGUGGCUCAGGCGUGGUAUUGCAGAGCUGGAGCAGCUGGUGCAGCGCAGUGCUGCACAGUUGAGGGGUCUGGAGGCGGAGAGUGAGAGGCUGAGGCAGGCGGGGCAGCAGCUACAGGAGGAGAUGGAGCAGAAGGGGCAGCAGGUGGGGGAGGCAGAGGCGGAGGUAGCACGAUGCGCAGAGGAGAUGCGAGGGGCCAAGGCUCGGAGGGACGAGCAAAACAGCCGCCGCAAGCAGUUGAUGAAGCAGGAGGCGGAUCUGGCAUCAGAGGUGAAGCGAGUGAGCGAGGAGAAGGACCGAGCAGAGGGACAGCUGGACAAGUCCACGCCCAGGGACAUCCGCCGCGGGCUCUUCUCGCUGCGCCAGAUAGUGCGGGACCAUUCCAUCAGGGGGGUGCACGGGCCGCUGCUCGAGCUCGUAGCCUGCGACGACAAGUUCGUCACUGCGGUCGAAGUCACCGCAGGCAACGGCCUGUUCAAUGUUGUGGUGGAUAAUGAUGAGACUGCCGCCCGGCUCGUGCGGUACUUGAACCAGCAGAGGGGCGGGCGGAUCACGUUUAUUCCGCUGAACCAGGCGCGUGCGCCGACAGUGGCGUAUCCGGAGAGGCAGGACGUGGUGCCACUGCUGUCCAAGGUCAAGUACGAGCCGCAGAUUGCUGCUGCUUGCGGGCAGGUGUUUGGCCGCGCUGUUGUCUGCCGCGACCUAUCAGUGGCAGCUGACGUGGCGCGCACUGGAAGCUUUGACUGCAUCACGCUGGAGGGGUCGCAGGUGGAGCGCAAGGGUGCCAUGACAGGGGGGCACUACGACCCGCGGCGGUCGCGGCUGCGGCUGAUGCAGACAGUGAGGGAGAGCAACCAGCGCGUGAGGGAGCUGCAGCAGGAGCUGCGGCAAGUCAAGGCCGCCAUGCAAGAUAUCCUCUCAAUGGCUUCCAAAGCCCAAAACUUUAAAUCUCAAAGCCCGACUUGCCCUCCUGGGCUGGCCUCCUAUUCUCUUCCCCCGCCCUCCCUCUUCUCUUUCAUGCUCUUUUUAUCUCCCCCUCUUCUCCCGCCUUCUCCUCUCUUUCACUCCCUCCCUCCCUUCCCCACCCUCACUCCGCGCCCCCUCCUCUUCCCUCCCCCUUCCCUCUCUCUCCCCUCCCCCCUUCCCUCUCUCCCCUCCCCCCUUCCCUCUCUCCCAUCCCCCCUUCCCUCUCUCCCUCCCCCCUUCCCCAUCACUCUAUCCCAACCGCACCGCUCUAAACCCUCUCAAAACCCGUCUAAAACCUUUCUGAUCAACACAAGCGGACCAGGCAGUGGCAGUGGCGCUGGGGGAUCUGGAGCGGUUGGAGGCGAAGCAGAGGCACUUGGCGUCGCUGCUGGAGCAGACGCGUGCCGACAUGCGAGGGCUCAAGGGGCAACUCGCUGCCAACCAGGCCGCGUGCGAGCAGAAGGUGUGUGGGUGUACUGGGUGAGGGGGGGUCGGUGUGGGGAGGGGAGACUGCCAAAGCAAAAACAACUUCCCCUUUCCCCGCUUCCCCACUUCCGCCUCCCCCUUUUCCCCCGUUCCCGAUUUUCCCCCUUCGUCCUUCCCCAGUCCCCCUUCCCCUUUUCCUCGUCUCCCCCGUUCCCCCAUUCCCGCUUCUCCGGUUUUCCCCCUUCCCCUUGUCCCCCCUCCCCCGAGGAGGCGGUGGGGAAGCUGAGGGCGAGUGUGGAGGAGCAGCAGGCAGCGGCGGAGGCGAAGCGGGGGGAAAUUGGCACGGCGCUUGUGGCUGGGCUGAGUGCGGGCGAGCAGGCAGAGGUGGAGGCGCUGGUGCCGGAGAUUGACAGUGUCAAACAGCAGCUGCUGGCGUGCAAGCGCACCCGCCUGGAGGUGGAGAGUCGCAUGAGCCAGCUGGAGACAGCACUGACGGAGAAUCUGCUGCGGCGGCAGGAUGAGGUGCAGGCGGAGGUGGACGUGGUGCAUGUGGCGUCCCGCCGCAGCGAGCUGGAGGGGCGCCGGGCAGAGGCGGCGGCUGCUGAUAAUGCGCUGCAGGAGCUGGUGCAGGAGCACAAGCGUGUGGGGAGCCGUAUGGAGCAGCUGAUGAAAGAGAUCAGGGAGCUCAAAGCGAGCAAGGACAAGCUUAAGCAACAAGAGGAGGAGUGGGAGCGGGCGGUGCAGGACGAGGGCAAGGCGUUGGAGCAGCUGUUGAACCAGCGCAGCGUGUGGCAGCACAAGAGGGACGAGGCCAGCAAGAAGAUCCGGGACCUCGGCUCGCUCCCUGCUGAUGCUUUUGACAAGUACCAGAAGCAGAGUAUGCGCGAGCUGCACCGGCUGCUGCACCGGUGCAACGAGGAGGUGCAGGGCUUUGGGCACGUGAAUCGCAAGGCGCUGGACCAGUAUGUGAACUUCACGGAGCAGCGCGAGGAGAUGCACCGCCGGCAGCUGGAGCUGGAUAGGAGCGAUGAGAAGAUCAAGGAGCUGAUAGGCGUGUUGGAUCAGCGCAAGGACGAGGCCUUGGAGCGCACCUUCAAGCAGGUGGCGCGCAACUUCCGAGAGACCUUCGCCCAGCUCGUGCGCAGCGGGCACGGGUCGCUGGUGAUGGUGCGCAAGCGCAAGGAGGACGAGGCGGUGGAUGAAGAUGAGGACGAUGAGGAGGGCGGCGGGGGGGGCAGGGAUGGAGAUACGGACAGCCGGCUGGAUAAAUACGCCGGAGUGAGGGUCAAGGUGUCGUUCACAGGGCAGGGGGAGACGCAGGCGAUGAGGCAGCUGUCGGGAGGGCAGAAGACCGUGGUGGCCCUCGCACUCAUCUUUGCCAUCCAGCAGUGCGACCCCGCUCCGUUCUAUCUGUUUGACGAGAUAGACGCAGCUCUGGACCCCCAGUACCGGGCUGCUGUGGGAAGCAUGAUCCGCAAGCAAGCAGACGAGUCGGGCACGCAGUUUGUGAUCACCACGUUCAUCUCAUACACCCCCGCUCCUCACCUUCCUCCCCUUCCCCCCGUCCUGCAUCCGCCCCCCCUCCCCCCCCCCCCCCCAGGCAUGAUCCGCAAGCAAGCAGACGAGUCGGGCACGCAGUUUGUGAUCACCACGUUCCGCCCGGAGCUGGUGAAGGUGGCAGACUGCGUGUACGGGGUGUUCCAUAAGAACCGCGUGAGCACCGUGAAGGUCAUCGACCAGCAUGCUGCUCUUGCGUUCAUUGAGCACGACCAAGGCGGGCCGACCGAAUGA